CCAAUCAGGAGGCGGCCCGGGAGCAGAAUAAAGCCUGAGGAGGCUCCGUCCAUGUGCAGGCGUGUUUGGAUCCUAGAUGUGCAGCAACAUGAGCGGAACGACGGGUUUUGGGGUUUUAAUGUGCACUUUGGCUGCUCUAUCUUCAGCCAAACCGAGCCUGUUGGAUGAAGAAAGGAACGUUUUUAGCUUCUCCUCCUCUUCGUUCUCCUCCUCCUUUGAAAGUUCAGGUGUCGUCUGUCUCAACGGAGGAAGUUCUGUCCCUGCUCUGAUUUCUGGUGAACACAUGUUCUGUUUGUGUCCCGACGGCUUUGAAGGGAAACGCUGUGAAAAAGUAAAAACCAGUGAGUGCUACGAAGGCGUGGGUUUGUACUACAGAGGAUCAGUUUCCAGAUCAGCCAGUGGACUCUCAUGUGAACGUUGGGAUUCAGAAACCAGACAGACAUAUCUGAGUUCAGACGUCAACGCUGGGAGACACAACUACUGCAGGAAUAUUUACUACAGACGGCGUCCGUGGUGUUACGUCUGGAAACACCAGCAGCUGCAGUGGGAGUAUUGUGAUAUUCCACGAUGCAGCUUUGACUCAUUUCCCGCCACACCUUCCCCUUCACCUGCACCCACCGAGCCAGCACCACCUGCAGACCUGACUUGUGGCCAACGCUCCAGACGAAAGCAGAUGAAGAUCGUGGGUGGAACAGUUGCCACUGUGGAAUCCCACCCGUGGGUUGCCGCCAUAUUCUGGCGUAGCAAAUCCAAGGAGAAGGUUUUCCGCUGCGGGGGAAGUUUGAUCUCCGGUUGUUGGGUCCUCACAGCUGCCCACUGCUUCCCCGACGGCUCUGACAGUAAACUGCGACGUUUCUCCGUCAUCCUGGGAAAAAACGCCCUGAACGAGAGCGAUCCGGCUGUGGAACAAACGUUUAGGGUGAAAGAACUCCACAUCCAUGAAAGGUUCGACAACAGUGAGGGAAACUUCAACAAUGACAUCGCCCUGCUCAAGCUGAAGGCCCAACGAGGUCAAUGUGCCGAGGAGUCCAACUCAGUAAGAACCGUCUGCCUGCCGCCGCCUCACCAGAACCUCCAGCCUGGAAUCACCUGUGAGAUCGCUGGAUAUGGAAAAGAGAACUAUGGUUUGUGGUAUAAGUCUCAGUAUCUCAGGGAGGCCCAGGUGAACCUCAUCGCUGACGAUGUGUGUCGAGAAAAGGAUUAUUAUGGAAACAUGAUAACUGACAACAUGUUUUGCGCCGGGCGUCCCGACUGGAGCCAGGAUGCCUGCGAGGGCGACUCAGGAGGACCUCUGGUGUGCGAAGCCGGCGACAAGUUCUUCCUGUUCGGGGUCAUCAGUUGGGGCGACGGCUGUGCGAAGGAGCGUCGACCAGGCGUUUAUACCAGAGUGAACAACUACAACAGCUGGAUCGCAGAAAAGACAGGCCUGACUUCCAUCACUGCUGGAACCAUGUUCCCUCAGAAAUGACUCUGAGCUGACAUUAGCUUCUGUUUUCACAUUUUGCUGGUGACGUUAAGGGGAAAAAUUGGCAAAAAUAAUAAGUAGUUUUAAAGCAAAUCCCACAAAAAAAAAAAAAAAUUAGCAAUGAUUGUAGCAUACGAACAAGCACAUAGAGAAUAUAAAUGCUAGAACUGCAACUAUACAUCAAUUAGUUGUCCAUUUUUAAAUUAAUCACCAACUAUUUUAAUAAUUUAUUCAUUGCUUUGAACAAUUUCUUCGAAGAAAAAAACAACAAAAUUCUGCUAAUGAAGCUUACAUUAUGUUUGGCAUCAUUGUGGAUGAUAUUGUUUUGGAUCAGCUAAAGAGACUUUGAACUGUACAAAUUGUUUUGACUAAUGCACAUGUUCAUAUUGCACCGUCAGUGCAGAAAUUAUAUAUCAAGCAGCCUGUGUAAACACAGUAUCAUGCAUAUAAUGCAGCUUUGUCCCUGCUGUGAGGACUUUAAGUUGUUCUGUGGUAGCUGGUAUUUGGUGCACAAACUAUUAAGCUACUAAUUUUUGUAUGUUACAGAGUCAAAUGUUUGGACACACCUGCUCAUUCAAUGGUUUUUCUUUCUUUUUUUUAAACAGUUUUCUUCACUGUAGAACCAAAACACAACAGAACCGCUGAGCCAAAUAAGCAAAUAAUUCUCCAACUGUGGAGGCUGCAGUUUCAGGACCACAACUAUAGGCACCACUACCAAAUUUGCUUAUUGUUAAUGUGUGCAACUCAAAGUUCUAAAGUUUUUCUCCACCCUACAAACUACUUUCUGUGCAAAUACUUAUAGUUUGGAAGGUAUAUUUCACCCAGAGCAUUACUUUCUGCCCAAAUACUUGUAGUUCUAACAGUUCAUUCCACUCACUGUGUCCAAGUACUUAAAAUUUUAACAGUUUAUUCCACUCAAAUAGUACUUUCUUACUGUCGAGUUAUGGUUUAGACUCACUCUGUACUACUUAAAAUUUUAAUCGUUUAUUCCACCUUAACUAUCACUUUUGAUCCAAGUACUUAAAUGUUUUAAAGCUUUAUUCUACUAAAAAAAAAUACUGAUUUUUGCUGAAGUAUUUAUAGGUGUAAAGGUUUACACUGCCAAAAGACUAUUUUCUGUCCAAUGAAUCUAUUGUUUUAAACAUUUAUUCCACCCAAAAUACUACUUUCUGUCAAAGUACUUACAGUUUUGAUAGUAUACUCCAUCCAAAAUACUAUUUUUGAUCCAAGUAUUUAUAGUCUUAAAGCUUUAUUCCACUCAAAAAUACAGAAAAAAAAUUUAUAGUUUCAAAGGUUUACACUGUCAAAAUACCACUUUCUGUCCAAAGAAUCUAUUGUUUUAAAAGUUUGUUUCACGCAAAACCCUGUUUUUUUGUUGGGGUACUUAUAGAUUUAAAGGUUUAUACUGCUGAAAUACUACUGUCUGUCCAAGUACUUACAGUUUUUUAAAAAAAAAUUACACCAAAAUACUAUAUUUUUUAUUGAAGUAUUUAUAGUUUUAAAGGUGUUAUCCAUCCAAAAUGCUAAUUCCUAACAAGCAAGUUAUAGUUUUAAAGGUUUAUUCCACUCAAACAUAGUUAAUAGUUGUAGCUGUACAAAGUUAAUAAUUUCUUUUAUCAGUGUUUGAACUAGAAAACUAGAAAAACUGGCCCCCCUUUUGAGUAAACAAGUUCAUGAAAAACAAAGGUCUCAGAAAUGUGGUCCUCUACUGUAGACACAUUAGUAAAUCAACUGAAGAGAAACAAUAAUCCAUCAUUAUUUUAAUACAUGAAGGUCAAAUCAGUCCAGAACAUUUCAGGAGAGUUUCUCCAGAAAGCACCAAAAUGUGUGAAGAAGCUGCAGGAAAGGAAGAAGAAGAAGUCCUUUUAAUUCAGAAAUCACCAACAGACAGUAGCUCAGAUUGAGCUGCAUCCAAAUGUUUCAAACAUUAGUCCUGUUUUUUUAUGUUUCUGUAGAUUAUUUUUGUGGAUUGUCUUCAUUUUAUUGUUUUCUGAUAAGUGAAUAAACAUUUAUUUUCUAUUGA